GCGCCGCGGCGCGGCCGCUCGAGCGACACCAUGGCGGACAAGUCGCAGAGCGAGUUCGCGCAGCUCCAGCGGGAGUACCGCCACAUGGAACUCAAUCGGAAAUCCUACGCCGAUGAGUCCUACAGCGUGCUGCGGAAGCAGCAGGCGACCAUCGCGAAGCUGCGCAAGGACAACGAGGCCCUGAAGCAGGAGCUCGGCAUGGAGACGCGGCACUCGACGCUGAAGCCGAACGAGUCGACGGAGAAGAACGCGCGGCUCCAGGAGGAGAGCGAGAAGUUCGCCCGCCUCAUGUCCGACGAGCAGAAGCGCAUCGAGUACCUCGACGAGCAGAUCUCCACGAUCAAGAUGCGCACGAUCCAGCAGCGGAAGACGAUGGGCGGCGUCAACGCCGCGCGCGAGAACCAGGCCAUGGUCCAGAAGCAGAUCAAGAUCUUAGAGAACCGCCUCGACCAGGCGCUCGUCAAGUUCAACCAGGCGCUCGCGAAGAACAAGGCGCUCCGCGAGGCCAUCGACGACCUCCGGCGCGAGCGCGUCGUCUUCGACAACAUCUACCGCAAGCUCGAGCGCGAGCUCCACGAGAAGAAGAAGCAGAUGGCCAACGUCAUCGAGAUCAGCAACAACGCCUACGAGCACCGCGACAACUACCAGCUCGAGAUCGCGGCCAUCGAGCAGGCGAACCGCAAGGAGCAGGACGACUUCGAGGCGCAGAUGGUCGAGCUCGGCCGCGUGCUCGAGAACGAGCUCCAGGUGCCGCCGCCCACGCUCCUCGGCAACGGCGCGCCGGGCACGGCCAAGUCCAACGGCGGGACCGCGGGCGGCGACCCGGCCGCGGCGGACGGCCGCGGGCCCGGCGGCAAGAAGUCGAAACCGAAGGGCGGCGGCGGCGUCUCCAAGGAGAAGCUCGAGCUCCAGGUCGGCGAGGAGCGCGUCCAGAACUUCGAGGAGGCCUUCAACCGCAUCAAGGCCGCCACGGGCAUCUCCGCGAUCGACGAGCUCGUCCGCAUGUUCAUCAAGAACGAGGACCAGAACUUCUCGCUCUUCAACUACGUCAACGAGCAGACCAACGAGAUCGAGAAGCUCGAGGAGCAGGUCCAGGCGCUCCAGGACGAGCAGGCCAAGUACACGCAGGAGAGCGGCGACGACGUGAACCAGCACAAGCUCAUCUUGUUGGACCUGGAGUCGAAGCUCGCGACGACGGAGGCGAACGCGUCCAAGUACGAGUCCAAGUGCGAGGAGUACCAGGCCGUCAUCGACUCCCUCAAGAAGGCCAUCGCGUCGGCCUUCACGAAGACCCAGUGCGAGCGCGCGUCCAGCGAGAUCUUCGCCGACUCGUCCGUGACCGAGGCGAACAUGCUGUCGUACCUCGCGAUCAUCGAGGAGCAGUGCAACACGAUCAUCAAGGACUACGUCGCCGUCAAGGCGCGGCAGCACAAGCAGACGAGCGCCGAGGCCGCCGACGUCGCCGGCGCCGCGCCGCCGCCGUCCGUGCUCGGCAUGGGCCCGACGACGCCCAUGGGCCAGGACCUCAUCCACGUGAACCCGCCCAAGCUCGAGGACUACUCGUCCGAGGAGGAGGACGACGACGACGAGGGCGAGACGCGGCCGCUGACGCGCGACGAGCUCAAGGCCAAGACGCUGAACCGCAUGUACCGCCGCGUCCAGAACCGCGGCGACCCCGCGCUCCGCGGCACGGGCAAGUACGGCGGCUCCGCGGGCGCGACGCGGAACUCGGCGAAGAAGGGCGGCGGCCUCAAGUAG